UGACAUGCUUCAAAAAAUGUUUGGUUUGUUUAUCCAUCAAUAAUUCACAAGUAGAUCUGUGUUUUUGGGUGUAAAUCAUAUGAAAGAUUAUAAGUCCGCCAACUCAUCCUGGGUUGACAUCUCACCAUUGUUCACAGUGAUAUUCAACCUGACCCUGGCUCAGUCUGUCAGACCCACAUACUUCAAAAAUGAGGCACAGAUUCUCCGGAUAUGGAGUUUUCAAACCGGUUUGAAUCGCCUAUGGCUGCUUUUCCUGUAAGUGUAAUGCAAAAUAUGCUGCUGAACUUAGUGACAUGCUUCAUAUUUUUUUUCUUGUUGAAUUUCCAGAAGCAUUCAUGUGUCAGCAAAACAAAAACAGGUGUGCUACUUUUCACCUGUCAUGUAGGAAUGUUUUGGUGUUUGUGGUGAGAAAGGACGUAUAGCUAUAUAAGUGUGAGUGUCACAGAGUCAGCUCAUCCUCUGCUCAGGACGCAAGCUGGUUUCAAGAGAUCCUGACUGCAGUGUUUUUUCUGGACGUCUUCACAAACCAGAAUGUUUUCCUUGCUGUUCUUUGCUGUGCUCUGCGCCAGCUGUCUGGCAAAACCUGCCUUGGUGCACUACUCCUACUCCAAUGCUGUUGGAGGUGGUAGUGGCAAUGCCUUCUCGUUAAACGGGAAGGGAAGGAUCACAUCGAUCAGGCUUUGGGAGGUUCCUAACGCUUACAUCACUGGUAUCCAGCUGCGCUACGAAAACAUUUGGACUCCAAGGGCUGGUCGUUACUAUGGUGGUACACAUGAGCUGAACUUGUUUGAUGGAGAGGUCAUUGUUCAGAUUUCUGGUAAAUACUACAGCAACUACAUCUAUCAGCUGAUAUUUUUGACCUCCAGAGGGCGCUCUCUGAUUGUCGGCCAGCCAAUACGGGAUUCCUUCAACUUUUACCCGAUCCACGUGGACGCAGAGCUCAGAAUGCUCAGUGGCCGAGUUAAUAGUGCUGGGAUCACUGCACUGGCAGCUCACUGGGGGGCGGUCUACAUGCAUGAAUGCAACAGCACCAUGAACAACUGAACAGCUGGUUAAUGAUCAACUGUAAAUGAUGAAUCUCUUUGUUUUCAUUAAGAAGUUAUUCAGUCAGCUCGACUAGUGCAUCAUGUAUUAUGAGCACUCAGUGAUAUUGUACCACUUUUUGUAUCUGUACCUCUUGAACAUUGUGAACAAUGAUUUAUUAACAAUGAAAUGUAAAAUGAAGAGUGACUGCUAAAGAUUAACUGCACCGCACAAGGUCAGAAACUGAGUGUAACACAGAGACUAACCAACAGGGUUUCAUGCAUCAAAUGAAGGGGCUUCAAUGAAACCAUUGAAGGAAACAGAGCAGUGAUUUAUCACACUUAAUCAAAAUCAUAUUUUGAAAAAUGGAAGGACAACAAGAGAUCGUAUGAGUGUCUGCAUGAUUUUUAUUCCUGUAUAUUAUUUGUCUGGAGAAAUGUUCACUCUGUGCUAUAUUAAAUUAUGGUGAAUG